AAACCCUUUAUAAAGGUAGUCUUUAUUUUAUUAUUAAGUGGUACCUAAAGUAGUAAGUUUUCAGUGAUAUUGUGAUUGUUUGAGAUGCAGUAGUGUGUGAGCUGGGCUGUUGUGGGUUAAUUAAACUGCAUUAUGCUGCUGCUGCUGAGUUCACUGUAGUGGAGCUAAACUGACUGACUGUUCUAGCUAGCUAAAUAUCAGCAGUACAGCGGGUAUUAUCUCAGAUAAACGCUCAGUAAUGAGCUGUGGGUGUGAAAUACUGGCGCUCAGGCUGCUGUAGGUCUGUCCGGGUCCUUCAGCUGAGCUAAUCCUCCACCUGACCGGCCGCUCUUCCUGGUUUAUUCUAGGCUGGGCUGCUGUAGUGAAACUGAAGAAACUGAAGCAGCGGCAGCGGGGCUGAACUGAGCGCUGAGCUCUGAGGGGUUUAAUGGACCUGAGGAGAGCGGCUUUUACUGCAGCACGAGGUUCUGCUCCAGCAGCUUGAGUGAAGAUGGGCUUUGGCGAGGAUCUGUGGUGCCACCAGGGCCACACUGCUCUGCUGCGCCUUCAGGACUCGGAGCUGCGGCUGAUGGAGGUGAUGAAGAAGUGGAUGGCCCAGAGGGCCAAGAGUGAUCGGGAGUUCUCCCUGCAGCUGCACCAGAUGGCAGCCAUGGUGGAGAAGUUGGAGGGCUCUCAACCUGGAGGAGGACUGGACUACAUCAGCCAACUCAAUAAGUCAUGGAACGUGAUGGUGAAUGAGACGGAAAACCUGAGCCGAAUUUUCCGGAAGCACUCGGAUGAUCUGAUGGUGGGUCCCCUCAGCAAACUCACCCUCCUGAUCCGAGACAAGCAGCAGCUGAGGAAGACCUACGGGGAGCAGUGGAACCAGCUGAACCAGGAGCUGUGCAGGGUGACCCAAACCGAGCUGGACCGCCUGAAGUCCAGUUACAGGCAGCUGGUGAGGGAUGCAGCCCUGGCCAAGAGGAAAUACCAGGAGGCCAGUAAAGAUAAGGACCGCGAGAAAGCUAAGGAGCGCUACAUCAAAGCCACACUGAAGCUUCACGAGCAUCACAACGAGUACGUGCUGUCGGUGAAGGCGGCUCAGGUGCACUACCAGCAGCACUAUGGGCAGAGCCAGCCGGCGCUGCUGGGAGCUCUGCAGACGCUGCAGGAGGAGAUGGUGCUCGUGCUGAAGGAGAUCCUGCAGGAGUAUUUUGACCUGUCCAGUCUGCUCCAGGAUGAGGUGGUGUCUGUUCACAAUGAGAUGGCCAGUGCCUUGAAAGCCAUCGAGCCUCACCGAGAGUAUGAAAGCUUUAUUCAGCAAAACAGGUCCAGAGCGGACGUGCCUCCCUGCGUGGAGUUUGACAGCAGUUUGCUGGAAGAGACAGAGCGCCUGAAGCCUGAAGAGCUGGAGCUGAAUGAGCUGACAUUGGAAGGGAUCCAGCACAGGCUCACCACCGUGGAGGAAGAGCUCCUCAGUCUGGCAGGCACUCUGGGAGCGCAGCAGGCCGCCGUCAACCAGCUGGAACUGGACCUGGAGGCCGAGGAGGGCUCAACCAACACGGGCCAGAGGGUGUACCAGUUCAGCAAGCGUAACGCUCUGGAGGACAGCCGGCAGCAGGUGGUGAUGUCCAUGGUGGGACGAGCCCGGCUGGAGGCCCAGCGGAGGCUUCUGGCUGAUAAACUGGAGAGCCUGGGCAGCCACGAGGCCCCAUCGGUGGGCCUGGAUGACGACCAAAUCUCAAUCACUUCCAGCACCUCUAGCGAGCGAGAUCGAGAGUACAGACUGCCCAGCAUGGACGGCAUCAUCAGCCACCUCAGCAGCCUGUUCAAACCCAAGUACAUGAGUAGUGUGUUUUACGAUGUUUCUCAGGUGCCCCCGGCUCUGUCUCCUGUUCCUGACGUGGAGAAGCCUCUGAGUCAGCAGGGCUGGUACCACGGGGCCAUCCCGCGCAUGGAGGUCCUGGAGCUGCUGAAGAAUGAUGGAGAUUUUCUGGUCAGGCAGAGUCAGGGCAAGCAGGAGUAUGUGCUGUCUGUGCACUGGGGUGGCCAAUGCCGCCACUUCCUCAUUCAGAACACAGAGGGUAUGUAUCGUCUGGACGGUGAAGGUUUCCAAACUGUGCCGCUGCUCAUGAACCACCUCCUCAAUUCGCACAAAAAUGUCACUAAGCGGUCGGACAUAGUGCUGAAAAAGCCCAUCCUGAAGGACAAGUGGGUCUUGGAGCACGAUGACGUCAUUCUUGGGCAAAGCAUUGGGCGGGGAAACUUUGGCGAGGUGUUCAGUGGCCGCCUACGUUCAGACAACACACCAGUAGCAGUGAAGGCCUGCCGUGAAAACCUUCCACCGGAACAGAAGAAUAAAUUCCUAAUGGAGGCCAGGAUCCUAAAGCAGUACGACCAUCCAAACAUAGUGCAGCUCAUUGGCGUGUGUACACAGAAGCAGCCCAUCUACAUUAUCAUGGAGCUGGUGCAAGGAGGAGACUUCCUCUCCUUUCUGCGAACAGAGGGACACAACCUGAGGCCAAACAUGCUGAUCAAGAUGGCAGAGAAUGUGGCGUCUGGCAUGGAGUACCUGGAGAGCAAGAAAUGCAUACACAGGGACCUGGCUGCUAGGAACUGUCUGGUUGGAGAGAAGAGUGUGGUGAAAAUAAGUGAUUUUGGCAUGUCCCGCCAGGAGCAGGACGGGGUGUACUCGGCCACCGGCGGCAUGAGGCAGAUUCCAGUCAAAUGGACCGCACCGGAGGCCCUCAACUACGGCCGCUACACCAGUGAGAGUGAUGUGUGGAGCUUUGGAGUGUUGCUGUGGGAGACCUUCUCCAGGGGAAUCACACCCUACACCAGCAUGAGCAAUCAGCAGACCAGAGACGAGGUAGAAAGAGGCUAUCGUAUGCCAGCUCCCACUGGCUGUCCAGACGACAUCUAUGCCCUCAUGUGUCGCUGCUGGCAGUACGACCCCAGGCAUCGCCCUUCAUUCCAAAAAAUCAGGGCAGAUCUACAAUCUCUUUGCCAAUGACACACACACACACACACACACACACACACACACACACACACACACAAACACACACACUCCCCAAAUCGGUGCACAGUAUGCAAAAUGUGAGUGUGCCUUCAAAGAAUACACUGUGUUUAUGAACAGAGCUCAUGUGCUGUCAUUUCAAAUGUGAUGCUUUUACUUUUGUAAUGUAUUUAAAAUUGAAUUGUUGCUGUCUUAACUUAUGAUCACAGUAUGAGAAAAUAAACAGUGUAAAAAUUU